CACAUUCGAGUCUGGAGCAGCACACUGAGCGGACGUAUUGUUCAUUCAGCCGCGUGAUUGUAAUUUAACACGGAAAAUAACUCGAACUUGAGCUCGAGCUCGAUAUCGAGGAAAUUACAAUAAAACGCAGAGAGCUACAAAAUAAUAAUAAUACAUAAUAUUAAAUAAUAACAGCCGUGAUGAGAGCCGAUUAUAAUGACGAUAAUCUCUAUCGAGAACAAAUGCCCGAUGUGGGCUCGUUGCUUCGCGAUACAAAUCGCAAGCUGUGUCGUCCCUCGACCAUAACGAACAAGUUUCCCAUCCUAACGUGGCUGCCCCGCUAUCGAGCCGCGUAUCUGGUGCAGGAUUUCAUAGCCGGCUUUACGGUGGGACUUACAACGAUACCACAAGCGAUUGCCUAUGGUACUGUGGCUGGAUUGCAGCCACAGUAUGGCUUGUACUCCGCCUUCAUGGGCUGCUUCAUGUACAUUGUGUUUGGUUCCUGUAAGGAUGUCACCAUAGCUACAACUGCCAUCAUGGCGCUGAUGGUGAAUCAGUAUGCCGAAAUCAGUCCGGAUUAUGCUGUGCUCGUUUGCUUUCUGGCCGGUUCCAUCAUCCUCUUGCUGGGAUUACUCAAUAUGGGCGUGCUGGUGCGCUUCAUAUCGAUACCGGUUAUAACCGGCUUCACCAUGGCGGCUGCCAUAACAAUUGGCAGUGCUCAGAUAAACAAUCUGUUUGGACUAUUUAGUGACUCGAAUGAUCUGUUGCCUGCGUGGAAAAACUUAUUCACACACCUGCCCUCCAUAAUAAAUUGGGAUGCCUUGCUGGGCGUCUGCUCCUUGGUCUUCCUGCUGCUCAUGAAGCAAUUGACGAAGAUCAAAUGGGGUCACAGGCUCAUUUGGAAGUAUCUCUCGCUCUCCCGCAAUGCGCUCGUCGUCAUCUUUGGCACCUUCCUCGCUUACAUUCUAAGUCGCGAUGGCACUCAACCCUUCCGGGUCACGGGUGACAUCACCGCCGGACUGCCGCCCUUCCGCCCGCCUCCCUUUAGCACCAUUGUGAAUGGAGAGUACGUUUCCUUUGGCGAAAUGAUUAGCACAGUGGGCGCUUCCUUGGGCUCCAUACCCAUGAUUGCCAUACUCGAGAUUGUGGCCAUUUCCAAGGCAUUUUCCAAGGGCAAGAUUGUGGAUGCUUCGCAGGAAAUGAUUGCGCUGGGCAUGUGCAACAUUAUGGGCAGCUUUGUGCUCUCCAUGCCAGUCACUGGUUCCUUUACACGAACUGCUGUCAAUAACGCAAGUGGAGUGCAGACUCCUCUGGGUGGUGCUGUGACUGGCACCUUGGUUCUGAUGGCUUUGGCCUUUCUUACUCAGACCUUUUAUUUCAUUCCCAAAACUACGCUGGCUGCGCUGAUUAUAGCGGCUAUGAUCUCGCUUGUGGAGCUGGAGAAAGUACCGGACAUGUGGCGAUCGAAGAAACGCGAUCUCUUCCCUUUCUUGGUGACUAUUCUCACCUGUCUCUUUUGGAGUCUGGAGUAUGGCAUCCUUUGUGGCAUUGGCGCCAAUACCAUCUCCAUUCUCUAUAGCAGCGCUCGUCCACAGAUUGUCAUUACUCUCGAGAAGAUCAAUGGAUAUGAAGUUGCUCUUGUGGAUGUCAAACAGAAACUGGAUUAUGCUUCAGCUGAAUUCCUCAAGGAGAAGGUUGUGCGCUUCAUCAAUCGACAGGAUACCAAGAUACAGCUAGCUGUAAUCAAGGGACAGGAGAUCAACUCGAUUGAUUACACAGUUGCUAUGAAUAUCAUCUCACUGCAAGGAGAUCUCAAGGCUCUCAACUGUGAUCUAAUCUGCUGGAACUGGAACAUUGCUUCUGCUGGCGUCGUUUGUCGUUUAAAGGCUGACUUGCGACGUAUAUUCGUGUUUGAUUUCAAUUUGGAAGAACUGGUGAUUUCGCAUUUCCAAAGUCCAUCUAAUACAGCCUCCACGGUGACCAUUGACGCGGCACAAGAGCAAGCCAAUGCAACGUCCUAGACUGGAACUAGCUUACACACACACUAUAAGUCUACAGUAUUCACAAAUAUACAAAAGUUGUACUUACGUAUUUAAUGACAAUGGAAAUAUAAACAAGAAUGACGCAUAUUUUAUAAAAAUAGC